UAGACAAAUUUUGACAAACAAUAAACAAAUUGUUGUAGUUAGGGUACUUUAACAGGUUUUCAUUUGAGUUCAUUCAUUUAAUUUGGAUUAUGCUAUUAUAAUAGUUCAGAAAAAAUACAGUUAAAAUGAAUUAUGCAAACGUCAUUAUUUGUACUUGCUUUGCAACUUCGCUAAUGGUUCAACAUGGUAAAAGUAGUAAUGAUACUACAACAGAACCGACGACAAUUUCCACUGCAACAGAGCCGACGAUGGCAACUUCAACAACAGCAGAACUGACGACAACUUCAACAACAACAGAACCGACGACAGCUACAGUAACACCAGUAACUAGUGCAUCAGGUUCUGGUGACAGUGGAAGUGCAUCAUUAGUAGUUAAUUUUUAUCAGAUGGCUUUAUGCGUCUGUAUAAGUAUAGCAUCAUCCAAAAGAACACGUGUGAUAUCUUCUGGAGUAUUGUCAUAGAUAUUUCAAGAAAAAGACGACAAACAAACCUGAAAGAAACCUGAAAGAAACAUUGAAUUCUUAUUUCUUUUUUUU